AUGACGAACACAAUCAGUGCGUGGGUUGUUUUGCCCAGGCACGCGGAGUUGUAUCCCAAGAGAGAAGGUCUGGCCAGUGGCCGCGGCCGCCAGCCUUACAGGCAGGAGAUACAUCUAGCUCCUGAUUGGGUUGCCUUGAGCCAGAAGGCGUCCGAGCGAGCGAUAGCAGAACCUUCAGCUGCGGUCAACGCCGAUCACCCUGGUGUCCCGUCGGCUGCCAGAGUUUUGCCGAUCGCGCUGCGCAGAAAUCAGUUGAAAAAAGCAACUCUUCCCCACAGUCAAUCUGGGAUGAGCGACUGCAAUACCACUCCGGGGGAGUGUGAGCCGAGGCUGCAUCAUUACCAUGCUCAUAAGUCUCAUUCUUUGUUCGUUCGGUAUUGCAUCCCUUGCACCGACCUGGUGUACCAUCUGAUUUUGAGUGCAGCAAGGGUAAGGUUCUUAUGA